GCCCGGUUUCAGCAGUAGCGCGGUGUCAGUGCGCGUGCUGCCCGAACGGCAAAAGGAGCCGCGCGAGCCGAAGCACAUCAAAUGAGCCGAGAGGGAGCUUCCGGCGGGGCUCCUUUCCGCGCGCGCUCCACCUCUCCGUGACUACAGGACGAUAAAAAACAAAUUAACAAAAACAAACUAAUCAGCGCGCACCCGCUUCCAGACGUCAUGGAGGACAAGACGAGCUCGAGGGACGAGAGAGCGGACGCGGGGAAUUCGGUGCAGAGGCGAGACUCGGCGAAGAAAAGCAUUGGAGGAGGUGGUGUGAGUCCCAGCGCGUCCAAAGAGCACGGCAACUCGGUGAGCGCGAGCGCGGGCACGGACCGGGACCGGGAGGAGGCUGCAGUGGGGCUGUGUGACGAUUCCGAGAUCCGACAGCAGCAGUACAGCUUCAUGCAGCGGCAGAUCGGCGCGAUGCUGCAGCCCGGAGUGAACAAGUUCUCACUGCGGAUGUUCGGCAGCCAGAAAGCCGUGGAGAAGGAGCAGGAGCGCGUGCAGACCGCCGGCUACUGGAUCAUCCACCCGUACAGCGACUUCAGGUUCUACUGGGACUUGAUCAUGCUCAUCAUGAUGAUGGGGAACCUAAUCAUCAUUCCUGUGGGAAUAACGUUCUUUUCCGAGCAGACCACCACCACCUGGCUGGUGUUCAACGUGGCCUCGGACACCAUCUUCCUGGUGGAUCUGGUCAUGAAUUUCCGCACGGGAAUUGUCAACGAGGAGAGCUCGGAGAUCAUCCUGGACCCCAAGGUGAUUAAGAUGAACUACCUGAAGAGCUGGUUCGUGGUGGAUUUUCUCUCCUCCAUUCCCGUGGAUUAUAUCUUUCUGAUCGUGGAGAAGGGCUUCGACUCGGAGGUGUACAAGACGGCGCGGGCGCUGCGCAUCGUCCGCUUCACCAAGAUCCUCAGCCUGCUGCGUCUGCUCCGCCUCUCACGCCUCAUCAGAUACAUCCACCAAUGGGAGGAGAUUUUCCACAUGACCUACGACCUGGCGAGUGCAGUGGUAAGAAUCUUUAACUUGAUUGGGAUGAUGCUCUUGCUGUGUCACUGGGAUGGAUGUCUGCAGUUCCUGGUCCCUCUGCUCCAGGACUUUCCUCCGGAUUGCUGGGUGUCACUAAACGGUAUGGUUAACGACUCAUGGGGGAAGCAGUACUCGUACGCUCUCUUCAAGGCCAUGAGUCACAUGUUGUGUAUUGGAUACGGAGCCCGAGCGCCGGUCAGCAUGUCAGAUCUGUGGAUCACGAUGCUCAGCAUGAUCGUGGGAGCGACGUGUUACGCCAUGUUCGUGGGUCACGCCACGGCGCUCAUCCAGUCUCUGGACUCGUCACGCAGACAGUACCAGGAGAAGUACAAACAGGUGGAGCAGUACAUGUCGUUCCACAAGCUCCCGGCCGACAUGCGCCAGAAAAUACACGACUACUACGAGCACCGCUACCAGGGCAAGAUCUUCGAUGAGGACAACAUCCUGAACGAACUUAACGACCCCCUGAAAGAGGAGAUCGUUAACUUCAACUGCAGGAAACUGGUAGCCACCAUGCCUCUGUUCGCCAACGCCGAUCCCAACUUCGUCACCGGAAUGCUGAGCAAGCUGAAGUUCGAGGUCUUCCAGCCCAAUGAUUACAUCAUCCGCGAGGGCACUGUGGGGAAAAAGAUGUACUUCAUCCAGCACGGCGUCGCCAGCGUCAUCACCAAGCACAACAAGGAGAUAAAACUGACUGACGGAUCGUACUUUGGAGAAAUCUGCCUCCUGACUAAAGGACGUCGCACCGCUAGCGUCCGCGCCGACACGUACUGCCGCCUCUUCUCUCUUUCCGUCGACCAUUUCAAUGAAGUGCUGGAAGAAUACCCCAUGAUGCGCCGCGCCUUCGAGACCGUCGCCAUUGACCGCCUGGACCGUAUCGGGAAGAAGAAUUCCCUCCUACUUCAGAAGUUCCAGAAGGACCUGAAUGCCGGCGUGUUCAAUACGCAGGAGAACGAGCUUCUGAAGCAGAUUAUCCGACAGGACCGGGAGAUGGUGAUGAUGGUGGAGAGGAAGCAGUCGGUCACAGGGGCGAAUUCGACGCCCAUGUCCGGAAACUCCAUCAUUAACUCUCCAGCUCAGCCUCCUUUUGCAAACAGCCAGUUCCAGCAGCAAGCGCAAUCCUCACCCAUGACCCCUAUGGCCCCCAUGACCUACAGCACCUCGGCAUCCAUCAUCCCCGCAGCUCGCCUAGCCGGGAGCGUGGCCUUCUCGUCGCCAGGCAACCCGGCCACGCCCCUACAGCAGCAGCCGACGCCCGGAGGUGUCAUGUCUCCCUGCUCGUUCACGGCAGGCCGAACCUUCCAGUACGGAUCGCCCACGGCUUCGCAGCUGUCUCUCGUGCCCCAGCUGUCGGCCGUAACGAUGCAGCAACAGCAGCAGCAGUCGUCCCCGCAAAGAAACGAGGUUCAUAGCAGUCUUAGCAGGGACGUGCGCCAUCUUUCGGCCUCUCAGCCCUCGCUGCCUCACGAAACCUCACUAGCCAUUAGGCAACAUCCAUCGUCCGGAGAAUCCUUGGCAUCUAUCCAGCCUGCAGUGAGCCCAUCCCCACAAGCCCCUGGCUCCGCCUCACAGCAGGGCGCCAUUCGUGCCACUGUCCCUCCGAGGGUGGCGCUUUUCCGACAAAUGUCAUCAGGUGCGCUUCCACCGGUGCGAGCGGCGCCCUCUACAGUCCAGCACAGAGAUCCCAUGGGAUCCAGGAGAGAGUCGGCCAUCUUGAACAGCGGCACUGAGACUGAACAAGACAAGUUGCGGUUUGCGUCGAAUUUAUGA